UUUUGCACCACGUGAGCGGAAGUGUGUGACAUCAUCAAAACAGUGUACGCCUGGGUAGCGUCUGUUACCCUGUCUGUAUUACUACAUUUAAGGAUUGUCUGUAUUGCAAGCGCUAUGUUCCGUUUUUUGCGUGGCGUUGGUCUCUCCGACUGACCGCUCUGUACCGAGUGCGACGACGUUGUUUAUUUCUUCGAUAGUCGAUAUCGAAAAACGCUAUGGUCGAGCAGUCGGAUCGCGCCCCGCUGCUGGACUGGGAGGAGGUUCCCCCGGCCGAACUUGCCCCAUCGGUUCCAUCACCGGAGACUGGGGAUUCAAUACAAUCCGGUCUAUCGAGUUACCCGACCGAGGGCAGUGUAGGGGUAGAUAUCUCCCUAAACAGAAGCCCAGCGAGACCGAAUAGUGUAACAGCUGUUCCAGGUGAAAGUGCACACUCUCCCUAUAAACACCGCGGCCCGGGAGGAGAUGCUUCUGCCACCGAUGAAGAGGGAGACUGCGCCUUUCAUGGGCUGUCGGUCAGGGAUCGGAGGAUCACUGGGUCUGGAUGGGAGGAAAAAGAUCAGAUUGUUGCUGUGUUUGUUGUGACUUUCGACACCAGAUCGGGGAACAUGAUAGAAUGGUGCCUACCUCAAGAUGUGAAUCUGGAGGGAGUAGAGUUCAAGUCAAUGGCCAGCGGCUCUCAUCGGAUCUCAAGUGACUUCAUAUAUUUCCGUAAAGGCUGUUACUUUGGACUAGCAUGCUUUGCCAACAUGCCUGUGGAAAGUGAGCUGGAACGAGGAGCUCGGAUGAAAUCUGUAGGGAUUUUGUCUCCUUCUUACACACUGCUAUACCGUUACAUGCACUUCCUGGAAAACCAAGUCCGGCACCAGUUGCAGUGUCCAGGCCAGUACUCUCCACUGGAAGCUUUCUACGAGGAUAAAAAGGCAGUGUUGCCCCCAGGAGGGAACGGUUUGGUCACAGCCUGCCCGACCAGCGCUCUUGGACCCAUAGUCAACCGCUGCAUGCAUCCAGAGAUGAAGAUUACACACCCGGCUGGCUGCAUGUCCCAGUUCAUCCGCUUCUUUGGAGAGCAGAUCAUGGUGCUGUGGAAGUUUGCUUUGCUCAGGAAACGCAUCCUCAUUUUCUCUCCUCCCCCUGUCGGUGUGGUCUGCUAUCGAGUAUACUGUUGCUGCUGCCUUGCUAAUGUGUCUAUUCCUGGGAUGGGCUUGACUGUUCCGGAGUUCCGCCCCUUCUUUUACAUCAACGUUGCUGACAUCACUGCUCUUGAGGCUGAGCUGUCUUAUGUGGCCUGUACUACAGAGAAGAUCUUUGAGGAAAAGAAGGAGCUGUAUGAUGUCUACAUUGAUAAUCAGAAUGUAAAGACACACAGAGAGAGCCUCCAGCCUCUGCUUAGACUCAACAGUGCGGACCGAGAGAAGUAUCGCAAGCUCUGCGAGCAGAGGCAGAUGCUGCUGUACUCUCAGGAGGUGGAUGGAGACUGCACAUCUAAUGAGGAAGAACUCUUCAUUUUGUUCUUCAUGGAACAGAACAACAGAAUCUUCCAGACCCUGUCUGAGUUGGCGGCGAGCGCUGAUCCUACCCUGACUGCCGAGCACGUGAGAGCCAUGGGGCUGGAUCCUCAGGCCGACCGCGGCUUUCUCGUCGACCUGCUGGAAAUCUACGGCAUCGACGUCAUGCUGGUUAUCGACAACCCCUGCUGCCCGAGCCAUUCCUGACACCUCUGGACCACACUUGAUAGUGCCAACACCAACAAGGUGCAAUCUGACUGCAGGCUUUUUGUGCACUUUGCGGCCAGUCAAUCCAGUGACGUCUUUCUGCUUGUCUGUCUGUCUGCCUGUGUGCUUCGUAUCCUUCCAGCCAUCUUGGAUUUCUUCUCGACUCUGCCUAAGCUUGUUUCCAAAACAUGAUCUCUGUGCCUCUCUCUACCGCUUUUCAAUCUGUGGUCUUCAGUUGUGACUUUGUUCUUCUAGCCAGUGCUGUCUGGGGGAACUGAUGUGACGUCCCCAGUGGAUAUAAAUCUGCUUCACUUGGACACCAGAGAAUCGAAAAAGCACCUCUCACUU